ACAAAGAUAUAGAAAUAUUAACAAAGAUGAAUGAAUCUGAAAUAUUAACAAAGAUAUAGAAAGUCAGAUUUUUUAAGGGAUAUUUGUGAAUCCUUAGAUCCGUUUAUCAACCAAAAAAAUAUGACUGGAUUCAUAUAUGUAUAUACAUUUUAUUCCUACAAAGUUUCAGAUUUUUAGACAUUUUUCGCAGAAUUUUUCUCGACUUUUUCUAGGUUUUGUACUCGAUAGUAGUAUAGACAUUUUAUAUAGAAAGCUCUGAGGACGGUGGAAGUUGUGGAUGAGAGGCAAGUGGGAAGAGAAAAGUAGUGGGGAACGUGAAAGAGAGAGAAAACAGUGAGGUAUAAUACAGGAUACAUACAUGGUACAUACAAUACCGUUUUAAAACGGGCAGUCUGAUUUCUACGUUCUUACAAGACGCGUCGAAUAUGGUACAGAAUUCAAGCAUAUCUCUGCCAACAGGGCAAAAAAUGCCCAUUUUAGGAUUUGGAACAUGGAACGCAAGUGGAGAGGAGCUCGAAGUAGCUCUGAAUGCAGCUUUAGAGGCAGGAUACAGGCAUAUUGAUACCGCAACCGUUUACGAAAACGAACGAUAUAUUGGUAACGUUCUUAAGAAGUGGUUGGAUUCUGGUAGAAUUAAACGAUCUGACCUGUUUAUUGUCACUAAGGUUCCACCUUCUGGAAAUAGACCAGGUGACAUAAAAAAAUGGCUCGAGAGAUCACUUUCCAACUUGCAAUUGAGUUAUCUGGAUUUGUAUUUGGUGCACACUCCUUUCGCUUACGAAGAUGCUGGCGAAGUGCUGCAUCCAUUUAAUGACAAAGGAGAAAUCAGAAUUGACACAAAUACGGACCACUUAGAAAUCUGGUCAGUGAUGGAAAAACAAGUUUUAGAGGGGCGUACAAAGGCGAUCGGUUUAUCGAAUUUCAACAUAGCACAAAUAAAAAGGAUUUUGAAUAACGCCAAGUUACCCAUUUCGAAUUUGCAAGUUGAAUUGCACGUAUAUUUUCAGCAGCAGGAACUGGUAAAGUUUUGCCAAAAUAACGACAUCAGCGUAACAGCGUACGCGCCUCUAGGCACGCGUGGGUUCGUUGAUAAGAUAGGAAAGGGAGACCUUGUGCCAAAUUUAUUGCAAAAUGUUACUGUGUUAGAAAUUGCGGAAAAAUACGAUAAGACUCCUGCACAAAUAUUACUGAAACAUAUCGUUCAAAAAGGCAUUGCAGCCAUACCGAAAAGCACCAGUCCGUCAAGAAUUAAAGAGAACUUUGAGCUAUUUGAUUGGGAACUCGAAGUUGAAGAUGUCAACCAGUUAAGCGCUCUUGACAUGGGAGAAUCCGCACGUAUAUGCGAUUUCAGUUUUUUCAAGGGUCUCUCAAAGCAUCCGGAAUUUCCUUUCUAAGAUUAUGUUUUAAUUUUACUUCUUAUACGUUUACAUGUCUAUUCAUUUUUGUUAAUUCUCGUCGUCAUUGUAUAAUUGUUAUUAUAUACAGGGUGUUCCCUAAUUGCCGGAUGUCCCGUAGAAGGUAGAUAGACCGGGGCAGACUGAAUAGAAAAGUCCUAUAACAUUUUGCAAAAUUUGCAAUAGUUAUCGAGAAAUUAAUUUUAAUGUCUGAGCGAAUAGAAGACGGCAGCCUGGACUCAGCAGGCAACGGUAAGGUAUCAUCUGAUAGCGAAAGGUGGAGCGACGCGCCGAAAAAACGUUGCCUGCCGAGUCCG